UUAUAGAAUUCAAUACUAAACUAUUGGCAGACUAUUUGUGGCACAAAGUCUACAAACACCUAAGAAACACAAAUGGAAAGUGUUUUCAAUCGCUUCUCGACACUAAUCAAAGGCAUUAACAAUCCGUACGACAUGUGGAUCUCAACUAAAUUAGACCAGACAUCAUAUAUCGACCAGUGCUUCAAUGAACUCAUCACUGAAUGCAGACUCUCAGCUCCCGGCGCUCGGCUGUCGUAUUCAAUUCGCAACAAAUUGGAGCGCCUGUCGAAAGAGGAGCGGAAAGUGAUAGUGAGUCGU